UGGAAAAAAGUUUUAUAAAUACUUUGACGUUUUAUUUAUAUAGAAUGACCCUUCCAUAUUACCUUAACACAUUGGUGACCGGCAGUUUUACAACGUUAGUCGUUCCGACACGAGUUAACUCGUGAUCGAUCAACAAUGUGUUCGAACGUUUACGGCACUGUCUCAGACUUGACUACGUAUCGCAGCAUUCGUUGUGCGCAUGCUCUCCCGCCUUUCGGGAGAGCAGCGUCCUUACGGCUGCGCGCGGAGUAGCCGAGCGGCGGAGUGGGCGCUGUGGUCGGGGAGCGCGUUGCCCGGCACUUGUCGAGUGUUCCGUUCGGUCAGAGCCGAGUCAAUUUCGCCCAGGAGCCAGCCGUUAGCUCCGCCUCUCCGAGGCACCUCCUCGCACUCGCAGUCCUCGUCCUGGCGCCGAGAGUGUGGGUGUCGGUUCGCGUCCCAGGCCCGCGUCGGUUUUGUUAUUCGAGCGGCACGGGGUCGAAGAACGUCGGAGAUCCGACGUUGCCUUGUCGAGCCGAAGGCGGAAGUCUCGGAAGCUGAAAACGAGAAAACUUCUGUGGUUUCCGCACUGUAUUUUCCUCCAUCUCGAGUAACCGGCUAGCCGGAACGCCAUGCCGAAUUACAAGAUCGCGGAGCCUUGGUUAAACGAGCAAAGAAAAUGACGCAGACGCUUCGCGAGGCUACGAGGGGAGCAAUGAAGAAAGAUUAUGGGGUUAACGGAAUCUCUCCGGUCGGUCGAGACGGAUUAGGACGCCAUUCGAGUAACGGAUUCUCGCUCGGCAGGGUCGAGGUCGGCUUACGCGAAGCAGGAUCUUGCAAGAAAUCGGUGUUUUAAGGAGCAAACGUUACGCGGACGGCGUCUCGAUAGCCGAGGACCUCGGUGGAGAUUUUGCAGCGAAGAUCGAUCGGAAGACUGGAACCGUUUGCGCCCUGCUACCAGUUGCUCGGCUCCGUGGCUACGGAAACGGAAUCGAGGCGUAAAGACUCGAUUGCAUUACGGUACCAUGGGUUGCAGCUACGUACCACGAUUUGGCAUUAUAACGAGAAACUACCUCGACCGCAACGGAAGGUCUUUCGUCGAUCUACUUACGCGAUCUACUACGACUGCAGCGCGGAAUUUGAACGUGAUACGUUCGAGGCGCGUAGAACCGACAGCGGGAGCUAUCGGCUCGCCUUACGCCUCUGUUACUGUCUAAACUACUAUUAUUUUCUCUGCGACCGCGUUAUACUCGCGCAAAUAACUUGUAUCAAAAGCGCGAAAAUCUCGGACUGGUAAUUCACCGAGCAUGCCGAUUGGGCUGCGACCGAACUCCUCGUCGACUUCAGAGAAUUCGUAAACGGUGUCACACCUGUCCUUGAUUGCAAUUUAGCCUGUCGAUGGAGCGGAACUAGUUAAAGCGGUUCGGUCAGUUCGGUAUAAAACCUCGAACUGGAUCCCUUUACGAAAUCUAGUCUGCAUGGGGAGAGUCCAAAGCAGCCUAUAAUAAGUGAUCUUGACUCGUCGAAUCUCCAGACUUGCGAUUUUCGAGAUCAUUGCAAUCCUUGAGACGCCGGAACGACCAAUCGCGGAGGUAUCUCGGUCGAGAUCGCCCCCGCGGCAUCCGCGAUUCCUCCGAUCAGGGGAAGGGCAUUUCACGAGGCAUCGACGAAGACGACGAGAUAGUCGAAGAGAUGCUGGGCUCCACGUCGCCAUGCUACCGGGUGCUGUUCGCCCUGCUGGGCACCCUGGUCGUAUCUUUCGUUCUUUCCGACUGGCUGCUCUACAUGCGCGUACAGGAAUAUGCCGUAAGACCGGUCGAGGGCGAGAAGGCCUACUCGUCCAGUCUCCCCUGUGACCUCGAUCCCCUCUGCAUCGUGACGGUGAAGGGCCUGUUGCUGGACCAUCCGAAUCACUACCUGCUGGGCCCCUUGGCCGCGAUCGUCGACCGGCUUCUGAGCAUCAGUUCCGGAUGGACCUGGGUUUCCCCGAAUGCCAUAAGCGGCUCGCACGUGUUGGUCGCAAUAGCGGCCGCUAAGUGCGUCGCGAGCGACUCGCUCUCGCAACGCCGGAUCGGCGUGCUCCUUUUCCAGGUGCGCACCUGGAUGGACGACCUGGACGGCCACGUGGCCCGCAAGAGACGCAACAUCGACGGCGAGCGCUCGGACUUUGGGUCCACCGGCUACUUCGUCGACGGGAUCUGCGACGGGCUGGGUUGCGCAGCCCUGAUGGUCGGAGUUUACCUCUUCCUACGACACAAUCCGCCCCGAAGGGGCUACGAGAAGCUCCAGCAGACCUUGCCCUCCAUCGACGGCCGCGAUUGCGCCGGACCGGGCCAGGUCUACCGCAGGAAGUCUACCAAGGUCAACGUUCUGCACACCGUUCUCAUCGUAGUCGGGCAUCUGAUCAUCGCCAGCAUCGGUUGGAACCGAUACAUCUCGCUCUAUCAGGAUCUGCUGGAGUCCGACGAGGUGGUCCCACCCAUGAUCGCCAACGACCUGUACCUCAGACAGUCCAACGUCCUCCGCAGCGGCUCCUUCUGGAGCGUCGUCCUCUCCUGGCGACUGUUCAACUUCCACGCCGCCAUAGAUUACCUUCUCCUUGCCAUCUUCCUGGAUAGGCUCUGGGAGUAUAUGAAGAUCGUACAGUGGCUCGGAUACGUCGUGCUUCUUAUCCUGAUCUAUUUCUCCGAGCUGCACUUCCUGGAGGCUUACGCCUACGUCCACGGAGCGAUGUUCUCGAUAUUCCUGUCCAGGAGCAUCCCACCUUAUGGGGCCGCCUUUAACGGGACCUAGGAUUGAUCGGAAAUGGCCCGUCUCGCCCUGAGGGCGCGCAAUUAAAAUUAAUCCGAACGCGUGGAGUCGCCGUCCUCUCUGGACGAUCGCGGGGCUGGUGCUCUUGAAAUGGCUUCGCCGCUUGCUUCUCCGAGACGACGCGAUGCACAACCGCGAAGGGAUAAUCGAUAUCCUAGGUUCGGCUCACGGCGAGACUCCGUGGCGCCGUUGGGCUUCUGGCGUUGUCCUUCGAGGGGUUCUUUGUGUCCUUUUGCCUAACCGCCCACUUCGGUACGACUUGGAAGGAACGAACCUUUUCCAAAGGCCAAUUUACGGUACCUCGCGGACCACGCGGGGUACGAACGUUAGUUAGGGUCCCCGUGUAUAUGUACUGCCGUACAAUAGUCAAGGCGCAUGGUAUUCGUACGGCAGAAUCAUUUUCUGAGAAUUUAUGUAACCAUGAAGUAUCAUCUCCGGGAAGAGGGGAUCGAAAAUCGGCUCAAUAUCGAUUCGCACUGUGAAAAUGGAACGGGCGCCUAAACUUUCGAAGGCAGCGAGCGUGAUCAUCGGAAUUUCGAUGUGAUCCACGAACCUUGUGUAAUUAAAUACAAGUCUGGCUGUACGAUAUUAAUGCAAAGUGUGAGCAAAAAGUCCUUGCUAGGAUCCCCCGAAAAAUGUGCUCGUUUCCCUGUGUAAUUUUUGUUUUAAACUGUAAUUCUCAUUUUUUUUUUUUUUUUUCUUUUGAACCUAUGUAUGACAGAAGUCUUAAGUUGGCAGUAGUAUUGAACUGUAUCCUCGACGAAACCUCGUCACUUGCCUCCUUUGUAAUAACAGGUAACGGUCUCAACAUUGUAUUUGUUUUUAAUUAAUCCCUGAAAUUAAAGUAACCAUGAUUGAUAAUAUAUGUCAUUGCACUAAAAAAAAAAAUUGAAUCGAGGCAUCAACCAUUAUAAGUGUUAUUUGUUAUCAUUCAGUUGUAGUUCAUUCAAAUCCGUCUAGUGAGGCCUUGUCCUUCCAAUCAAAUGAUCUUAAUUGCCUACGCAGAGCUGUUAUGAGUUAUUGGUUGAAUGGUUUAACUGAUAGCACCUGAUAAACACGAUAUGGUCGCAUUUACCAUAGUUCAAUUAAAAUUACAAUAUGAGUAAUUUAUAGUAAUUUCGUGUAAUUGACGUGUUUUGUAAAAUGGAAGGGAGGUUCUAUUUUUGAGCCAUAUUUUUUCUUAUACAAAUACCGUUAUCUUCCUGUAGAAAUGUUAAAUUGUUAUCCUAGUAUUUUCGUUAUCUGUGCAUAUUUUUAUGGUAUAAUUGUCGCAUUACCCAUCAAACUUCCCCUAUAUUCUUGAAUUUUCAUUAUACAACUAUUUAUUUAUAAUAACACGUUCGCUACCAGCGCUUGAGAAGAAAAUCUUAUACCACAGCCAAUGAUACACGUCGCAUAUUUCGGCGCUGGUAGCGAACGUGUUAAGUUCCCUUUUUUAACAACGACAAUUUCAUUAAGCAAUCGUAAUUCGUAGAUAAAUAGAAAAUAGAAAUUCUGUCUUCGGGAGAGAAAAAUCUCACACCAAAUAUUUUAGAGAUUAAGUACCGAUCUCGGGAAAAAUUCCAAUUCAAAAGGGCUCUUCAGAGUCAACCAGGAUGUCGACCUCGGGAAUCUCUCAUUCCAUCUCUUCCGAUACGUACCGCAUUCGUCGCUUCCGAAAACGUUUACUGUCCGAGGGUUGAGUAAAAAUACCGUUUUCUCAACCGCCACUACGACAGCAUGAUUCUGGGACGGGGACUAAUGCUGGAACCUUCGACCUUCGACAUUGCGGAACUCGUUUCACGCUAGAACGGAUCCGACGACGACGAUUCGCAUAGUUCGCUUCGUAUACGUUCUACGUGCGAAUGGCGAAGCCGUCUAAUUGUGAGGCGGAUCGUUACGUAAGCUUUGGUGAACUCCAGUCGGUCGGAGUACGAGUGCAAGUAAAAUAAAACUUGCGUAAACCCUGUUGCAACUUCUCACUAGAGGAUUCGUAAACCAAACUGAGUAGAAGUUCGAAUUCAGAAUCCGUAGGUAGAUUAUCGUGCACGAGUAAUUUGAUACUUCAUUGCCCUCUCCAUAUCAUACGUUAUAUGCCGGAGAAAGGAAAUUUUUAAUCGAUAAGAAAAUCAAGCUAUCCCGGAACUUAAUGCGACAGGAUGAAAUCGUUAAUGAAUUGUGCCCAUAAUUAUGAAAGUGGUCUAAGUCAAAAUUAAAAAAAAAAUGAGUUUAUCAGUUAUUUCACGCCAUAUUAUUUAAAACGAAAUUAAUUCAAUGUAAUUUCGAAAGAAAAAAUAUAUGACUUGGACCACUUUCAUAAUUAUGGGCACAAUUUAUAUACUCGACAACUUGACAAACUAGAGCUGUUUUAAACUUAAAAUAUACUUUGUAAUGUUAUGUGUUUAAUCAAAGAGAUAAUAUAUGUUUACACCGGUUUAUAUUGUACACACAGAACACUGCAGUAUGUACUAACAAAUGCGUCAUUGUUUAGAUUGAGAAAUUAAAUGAAUUUGGAUUUAAUUUUCAAUGUUAUAGCAUAUGGGGUAGAAUUCGAGUAAAUCUGAUGAAAAUGUCUAAAGUUGUAAAUUUAAUUUAAUUCCAAGAGGAGUCAUUUAAAUGUGAAAGUUUACGUGAAUUGAAAAUGCUGUUGGAUCUUUGGGAUUUAUUUUUAAUAAGACGGUUAGGAUAUACUUGUACACGGUAAUGUACUUACAGUAAGACACGAAUGUUGGUUUACACAUACUGAGACGUAUUCGUGCCAUGGUCAUUCUCGCAAAGGAGAAAAAGUGAUACGUAGAGUGGAUUUUGACGAGUGUGACAUUACGAUAGAUGAAACGUGGUAAAGGAAACAUUUUACCUCUUGCAUCGAAUUUCAUAAGCUUGCUCGCGAAGCUUUUAUACAUUUUCCUUCAAAAGUAUGUCUGCAAACUUCUGAUGAGUGUUGGGUACUGACGUCUAAUCGAUUACUUGAAAUCGGAAAGUGAUACGGUUUGCAGAGAAAUAAUAAAAGUUCUUGAAUAUGGAUGAAUGGCAAAAUGUGCCCAUAAUUAUGAAAGUGGUCUAAGUCAAAAUUAAAAAAAAAUUGAGUUUAUCAGUUAUUUCACGUCAUAUUAUUUCAAACGAAAUUAAUUCAAUGUAAUUUCGAAACAAAAAAUAUAUGACUUAGACCACUUUCAUAAUUAUGGGCACAAAUGUUGUUCAGCAGGAAAUGUGGUUAUACCAGGUGAUUAAAUAAUGAUACCUGCGCUCCGUGUUAUGUAAAUUUUACAAGCCAAGUAAAAAAUAAAUUCAUAUUCUAACAA